UAUGUUAUGUCAGCAGAGAGGGCAUCAUCUGUUAUUGUUUUCCUAUCGAAUCCUGUAGAUCAGAACGUUCAAUCCUAUGUUAAAAGUGCGUAAUUUUCAAAUAAUCCAAGCAAAAUGAUACGAAUUAGUAACGCACGAGUGCUGUUGCGUGCAUUUAUCGCACAUACUGCAGAAUGUGCUAUGCAACUGAGGCCAACUGUACAAACAGUAGCACCGAAACUGUUGCAGCCUUCGAUUGUCGCUUUCCAACAGCAGCAAAUCCGCAGCAAGCAUAACAAGGACCGGAAAAAGGAAAACAAGGGCGCCGCCAAAGUUCACAUCAAUGAGGAACAGCUGGCCGAAGUAAUCGACAUCGAAAGUCUGCGAACUCACAUGGAGAAAACGCUGGAAACCAUGAAGGAAGACUACAUCAAAAACUUGUCCCUUCGUUCGGCCACCGGAGCAAUCGAAACGCUCAAAGUGUCCUAUGAGGGAAAGGACUACCAGCUGCAGGAAUUGGCCCAGGUGGUCCGGAAGAAUCCCAAAACGGUUGUGGUGAAUUUGGUCUCUUUUCCGCAAACGAUCCCAGCCGUGCUACAAGCCAUUCAGAAAAGCGGCAUGAAUCUUAACCCCCAACAGGACGGAACAACGCUCUUCAUUCCGGUGCCGAAAGUGACCCGUGAGCAUCGCGAAGGCUUGGCCAAGAACGCCAAGACACUGUUCGUCAAGUGCCGGGACGCGAUCAAGGACAUCCAGAACAAAACGAUCAAACAGGUCAAAAAGCAGGCAAACAUUUCCGAGGAUUUGAGCUUCCAGGUGCAGACCCAGGUGACGGCCAUUGCCAACGGAUACAUCAAAGAGGCGGAGAAAAUGUUGGAAACUAAACAGGCGGAACUGUUAGGCGAUAAGUAGAUAUUAAAUCGAAUGAUGUGUAUAGGUAAUGUUGUGUUCGAAAUAAAGUUAAACCUCAAACUUACCGCAACUGAGCAAAA